GGCGGGGAGAGAAAGCAACGCUUGUUGUCAGUUUUCGCAUGCAUGCAUGCAUGCAUGCAUAACACGCAUGCAUACAUUUCUUCUCGCCUUUGCUUCGUGUCCCAAGCGCGAAAUUAUGGGAUUGCAACGUUUCCACCCCGGGCGCUCGCUUCGCUUGGUGCCCGGCGCUUUGAGACCCGCGUCGGAACUUGGGAAGAGCAGGAGGGAGUGGUUUAGUGGUCGGGAAAGAAGGGGAGGAAGGUGGAAGCGAAACGGAUCCCGCCCUCUCUAGACCCAGCCGCGGAGAGGGAGAGAGGAGGGGUGGGAAGGAGAGAGAGAGAGUGCGAUUGGCAAUUAAUGGUGGGGCUUUUGUUAAGAGCAGGGGCUGUUGCGCUGCCCUUGUGAGGCCGAUCCCGUAUCUGUCCACACGUUACGGGGAUUAUCUCUUUCCCUUCCCGCGCCGCCGCCGCCGCCGCCGGAGCAACGACAAACGGCAACAUGACCGCUGCUGGUUAUUGUCUGAACCGCCGCUUGCGUGCCUGCAUUUGCAAACCUGCAGCCGCCGAUGCGCAUUCAGUGGGUGGCGGGGCGUCCUUUGUCAGCCUGGGAUCUGUGCUUUCCUGUUAUCUAAAAUAGAGAGAAAAACCCGGCAGCAUCCAGGAAAAAGCAAGAAGGGGAAGCCUGAGGAGGCCUUGGUCCACCACCAAAGCCUGAAAAGCAGCCAGGAUCCUGCGUUCCCAGAUGCGUAACAGGUUGAGGAAAUUUGCAUUUGGCUGCCGAGGGGAAAGGCUCGCUGGGCCACAGAUGGUCGUUUUGUUUCCCCACCCGGUCCUUGUGGCGCAACGUCGUCGUGUGUAACUUGUGCAGCCCUGCCUGCGUCUACUCAGGAACUUUCUUCUGUCACAGAACCCAAAGCAGUGUUUGCGUUGUUCCUAUCCAGGCACUGACCAGACCCAUGCCUGCUUAGCAUCAGUAAGGCUGAUCUACACAUGUUUACUCUGAGAUUAUUUUGGCACCCUGGAGAAUCAAAAGAAAAUGCAAAACAGCGAAGUGAUAAAACCUGCCAAAUACUUCUCUGAAGUGGAGAAGAGUGUGUUGCUUGCAUUAGUUGAGAAAUACAAAUAUGUACUUGAGUGUAAAAAAAGUGAUGCAAGGACUAUUGCACUGAAACAACGGACCUGGCAGGCACUUGCUCAUGAAUACAAUUCUCAACCAAGUGUAUCACUACGAGAUUUCAAGCAGCUGAAAAAAUGCUGGGAGAACAUCAAAGCACGGACAAAGAAAAUAAUGGCACAUGAAAGGCGAGACAAGGUAAAAAGGAGCAUUAGUCCACUUCUAAGUAAUCACAUUCUAGGAAAAGAGAAGAUUGCCAGCAUGGUACCCGAGCAGGUGUACUUUUUACAGAGUCCACCAGAAGAAGAUUCUGAAUAUCAGCCAGAAGCCUCCAGCCAAGAACCUUUCACCGUUAUAAACAGAGAACUGUGCGAUGAAGACAAAGAUCUUGUACAUUUCCAGGUAUGCGAGGGAACCUCACAGUCGGAGCCUUCCUGUUCAACAGUCAGAAUAACAGGCAGUAAAAAUUUCAGGAGUAAAGCUGCCCAGGAAAGUGACCUGAAGAAGAUGCACGAGGAGGAGCACCAUCAGCAAAUGUCUAUCUUGCAGCUGCAACUGAUCCAGAUGAACGAGGUGCAUGUGGCAAAGAUUCAGCAGAUCGAGCGGGAGUGUGAGUUGGCAGAAGAGGAGCACAGAAUCAAGAUGGAGGUGCUCAACAAAAAAAAAAUGUACUGGGAGCGGAAACUCCAGACUGUUACAAAAGAAUGGCCCGUCUCAUCUUUCAACAGACCAUUCCCUAAUUCGCCCUAGAGAAGGCAGCAGCCAGCCAUAAAAUGGACUGGUGUCACUCACUGGCUUAUUAGAAGAGAAUGAGGAGGGGGGUUCAGUUAUGCUAGUUUUGUAUUUUUAGUUUGAGAGAAUGCCUUCCCAACUGGGCAGUGAACAAACAUUAAGGAAGAGCUAAGAAAAAAUGUGGUAUCUAGGGCUGUUGUUUUUUAAGCCCAAUAACUCAAUUAUUAUUAUUUUUGGGAGCAUCCCCUUAUACACACAGGAAGUCAGUAGGCCUAUUCUGUGGUGCACACUUUGUGUCUAGAAAGUUCUUAACAGCAGAUACGUAGCUGGGCAUUUUAAUAUUUCAUUUCAAGUCUCAAAUUUAAAUUUGUUUCCAAGAAGCCAGAAGUCUGACUUAUCCUCCAUAAUUGUUUGUUGAGGUGGGGGGCUACUAGCAGAUGCGCAGUAACUCAGCUGCAUCACUGAGCCAGAGGACAUAAUAUGUUUUCCGUUUAUUAGUAGAAUGUGGGAAAAGGGCAGCAUCAUAGCAGCAACUCCUUCAGAGGAGGGCAUGGAAAGCUUUCAAACAAUUGAUUGGCUCUCUGGCCACAAGGGAAGUUCACCGCCACCACAUUUCUCUCCUGCCCCUAACCAUUAAUGACACUGCACUCAGUUUGCACUGUAGGGCAUGGCUCACCUGCCAGCUGUAUAAUUUAGGGCAAAAUUUCAACUGCCUGGCCACUUUUCUGCAGUUGAAGAAGGCUUCAAGAAAAUUACCAUUGUGUGUAAUUUGCAGCUUGAUCCUGUGCACGUGGUACUCCAGAGUAAGUGUACACAGGACUGCAGCAUCACUGAUACUUGGCACGGGUUCAAUUCUGCUUGCUUGGCUUCUCGUCAUGUCAGUAAGGAGCCACCAGUCCAGUUUGUUUGCGUGACUGGGUCACCCUCUCUGUACUGCACGUAUCUCUUGGUCCCAGUCCCUAUGAGCCAGGGAUCUGAAGUGAGCACCAACCAAAUGGAAGGAGGUUAAAAGUGCAGAUUUGCUGUGUAACUCGGGGCUAUUUAAACACAUUGCAUUUUUACAUGCAAGUCCCUGUAAAAAUGUAAUGAGAGCACAUGGCAAAUGCAGACAAAUCUGCCACAACACAGGGAGUGGCUGUGGCUCCUUGAAUGGGUAACUGGCAAACACAUUGAGCACCACACAUUGUGUGACUGAGCUCUGGAAGAGUUUUCAUCUUUGAUGGGAGGAAAGGGAAAGAGAACCCACCACCCUCUAAGUGACAAAGGAGAAGCAGGCGUGUUUGUUUUAAUGAAGCAGCAACCAUGAAUUUCCACAAUUUCAUAUGUGGAUUUGACAGUUAUAAUAAGUGCAAAUGGUGAUAUUGGCUUCUUUUUUUCCUUCUCAAAAUGGGGCACCCUUGCUGUGUUCAUUGGAUUCAGGUGGUUUUCCAGUGCUGCUGCUAAGACAGAGACCUGGAGCUACUUAAGAGUUCUGUCAAAUCUGUUGCAAAACUAGCAUGAGUGGAUUAGAGCUGCCUCUCUUUUAUAUUUACAGUAGCAGAGGGUUACCAAUAAAGUAGGGGGAGGCAUAGUCAAUUUCUCAGGCAGGUAUAAGGAACAUUUGGGCCCCCAGACAUUGCAGCUACAACUUGCAUCAUCCCUAGUCAUUGGCCGUGCUUGCUAGGCCUGAUGGGAGUUGUAGUUCAGCAGCAACUGGAGGACCAAAGGUUCCCACACUAAGGGUACAAGCUUGUUGCUUAAUGUUGAUGAAGCACCAUACGUUUGUCAGGGCUUUCAGAACGCCCAUCUUGGUAUGUCAAGGAAAAGGGUAAGACUUUUUCCUCUUUACAUGCACAAUGCACAGAAUUACCGUAGCCAUAAAGGCUUCCUCUGUUUCCUGUUGAUAGGGUGGUGUGCUGAAAUACCAACUUGGGGAAUGAGAUGGAGGUGCAGAUCAUUUACAUGCUGACAUGAAAUCCUUGCUCUACCUCACACCUCUCAAAUAGUAUCUAUCUCAAAGAAAUUGAGUCGCUUCAGGUCUUUUCUGGUGCGUUCCAUUGACUAUAAGACCGGAUACAAAUAUGUUCGUUCUGGAAAAACAAAAUUUGUGUAUUUUGGUAAUGUAUCUUUUAGUGCAACUUAUUAUUGAGGAGCUCUGUUCAAAUUUGUUAAUUGUUCAACAGAUCUUAUUAAACAUCUUAUAAAGUGCACACUGGUUCAGAGUUAGCAGAUUCCCAGGUAAACAAGAAACCACCAGAAGUAAGGGGAAAGGGAAUGGGAAGAUAACUGGAAAGAGGGCUGUGCUUAUAUUGAUAUUUUUGUGAUUCUUAAAUGAGUUUGACCACCUCACGAGAAGAGAAGAAUCCUUGGAAAAGACCCUGAUGUUGGGAAAGAUUGAGGGCACUAGGAGAAGGGGACGACAGAGGAUGAGAUGGUUGGACAGUGUUCUCGAAGCUACGAACAUGAGUUUGACCAAACUGCGGGAGGCAGUGCAAGACAGGAGUGCCUGGCGUGCUCUGGUCCAUGGGGUCACGAAGAGUCGGACACGACUAAACGACUAAACAAAAAUGAGUUUAUAACUUAGUAUUUAAAAUAAUUUUCCAAAGGGAAAAGAAAUUAUGUUAGUUAAUGCAUGUGUAGGGCUUAAAUACUGAAUUCAAACAAUUGCAAAAAUAAGUGCAGAUUCCAGCAUAAUCCAAUAGAAAAUGAGGGAGCAGUUGCAGCCCCAAGCCUCAGGAAAUCACAAGCCCUUUUUUAAGUAUUCUGAGGGGAAGUGUUAGGCUACUUCUCAUUUGCCUACUCAUUUUAGUGUCUUUGAUACAUAUUAGGGUUGUUUGGUCCAAAUUUGAAUGGGGCUCCUGCUCCUGUGUGCAACUGGGAAUUUCAGAAGGUGCAUGUGCUCUCACCUCUGCAUGACAAGUUGCCCUUGCCAAAAUUAUCAGAAACUACUACCUGUAGUUGUUGGGACGCAGGUGGCGCUGUGGGUUAAACCACUGAGCCUAGGGCUUGCUGAUCAGAAGGUCGGCGGUUCGAAUCCCUGUGACAGGGUGAGCUCCCGUUGCUCGGUCCCAGCUCCUGCCAACCUAGCAGUUCGAAAGCACGUCAAAGUACAAGUAGAUAAAUAGGGACCGCUACAGUGGGAAGGUAAAUUGCAUUUCCGUGUGUUGCUCUGGUUUGCCAGAAGUGGCUUUGUCAUGCUGGCCACAUGACCUGGAAGCUAUACGCCGGCUCUCUUGGCCAAUAACGCGAGAUGAGCACCGCAACCGCAGAGUCGGUCACGACUGGACCUAAUGGUCAGGGGUCCCUUUACCUUUACCUUACUACCUGGACAUCUAUAUAGCUGAGGUAGAGCAGCUUGGUUCUCAUUUACAACGAGACAUUAGGUUAUGCUUAGCACCCAGAUAACAUUCUCCAUCCUCCAUUCUUAAAACAAGCUUGUGUGGCAGGCAGUUUAAUUCUAACAUGAAGCAGUGCAGAGACCAUAAAACUCAGCAGUGAAUUUAGCUGCCAGAAGUAAAGAAAAACUAGUAUGUGUUCAUAUAUUUUAUUACAGAAAAUAGUAGUUUAGGUUUAGUCCCUGCCCAGCUCCCCAUUCUACUUUGAUAUUUCCCUUUUCAAUAAGCCUCAGUUUCUCAGCAGUUUUAUUCAAUUGCCACUCCUGUGUCUAUUUUUUGGUGGAGAGGGACACAAGUUGCACUCCAAUUUUGGUGCCAGUUUUGAGAUAUUUCCAUUUCUUUCACAUUCUAAAUUCUGAACUUUUAAAAUACUACUUUAUCAUUUCUUUUUCAUUCCUCUUCUGUCUUCUGUUCAUUGUUACCAUGUUAAAGAGAUUUAUAUUGGACACUCACUACCAUGAAUUUUCCCCUCCCCCAUCAUUUAUAUUCUUAUUAUUUAGAUAAUAUAUAGAACUUAACAUUUCAUCCUGUUUGCUUUUGUCUAUAAAUAAGAGUAGGUUCCUGGUAUAUUGGAUAUAGAACUGUAUGAAUUCCUCAGCACGUUCAAAUUCUGCAAGAACAAAAUCUAGAUACUGUGAGAUGUAUGAAUUAUGCCUUGUACUUCUUUAGUGUGUACAAUUCAUUUUGUUUUGGCUGUAAUCUGGGGUAGAAGGAAUGCGCUACAGCAAAGCACAAAUGUUCUGCCACCUGAUUCCUGGUGCUUCCUAUUAAAUUGCCCCCGACUUCAGAAAUUUCACCAUGCAUUCUUAACACACACUAAAGUUAUAUUUUUUUGUGUGAUAAGGGCUAGGACCCCUUUUUAAAGGCAUGCUGAGAAUUCUUGAACUCUGUGUUCAAUACAAAAUUUUGCUACUUUUCUGCACAUGUGCUGAGCUGCAAAUAGAAACAGCCCUAAUUAAUUGAUCUGCUAUGAACAGCGUCUUUGCUAUUGUCUAAAAUACUAGUUCAUCUACAACAGGCUUCCUCAGCCUCGGCCCUCCAGAUGUUUUGAGACUACAAUGCCCAUCAUCCCUGACCACUGGUCCUGCUAGCUAGGGAUCAUAGGAGUUGUAGGCCAAAAACAUCUGGAGGGCCAAGGAAGCCUGAUCUAAAAGUUAAUGGACCAGUUUCUGCUCAACAAAUCAGAAUCUCCUCUUCUCAUUGCCUAGUUUCAAUAUUCCCUUUAUGAGAUGUUGCUAUCAGUUUUAGGGUACAUAUUCUUGCCGGUAAGAAAAUGACUUUUGUUUUUUGAUAUUUUUUCAUGUGGGGUUCAGCUUCUAUUCCAUUUUAAUGUUUGAUUAUUGUGAAACAGCUUCCUAUAUGAUGGUCCAUAAUCUGUUUUUUUGUUUAAUAGGACUGUUUUAAUUGGAUUGUAUUUUUUAAAAUCUUCGUAUUUGUUUCUUUAAAUACAGUAUACAGAAUUGAGAAAUGUUGAGGGACAACUAUAUAUGAAUGAGAUGGUGAAGGGUGGGGGAAAUAACCAAAGCCUCGUCAAUAUUCAGACAAGUGUUCUGAAAAUAAACAUUAGAGACCUGAACAAUACGGUGAAGAGAAAUAGAAAUGUUUACAAGUAGCAUUCUCAGGGGUGCCCAUGCGUCACCCACAGACCAGUAUGCCCACCAGUACCUCCUGCAGAACCCGUUAAAGGUCCUCAUAAAAUAUCCCUUAAAAACCCACAAGCAACCCACAAGUCUCAUCUACCAUGCCUGGACCUAAUAAAGUAAGGCCAAGAAUCGGAGAGCUGCUGAAUCACCCCUAAGGGAUUGGGCAAGCCUUCUAGGGUUUUUUCCUUUAAAGUUCCAGGGCCCUGUGCUCAAACCACAAGCUGCUUCUGAAAUUCCCCUCUGUUUUAAAAGUAGUUUGCCAUGAGAUGCAAAAAAAGGCCUGUUCAAUAAACACAAGACAAAAUCCCUCUGAUGGUGCAAUGCUGUGUGUCCCUUCAUUUGAGAUUUAGUUCUUAGUAUCAAGACUACGAUUUGAGCAGGCAUGCAGGAGCAAUGGGACUGUUCUGAGCAGAUGUAUAGGAUUGCAUCAUAAGGAGCUCAGGCCUGGGUAAUAUCGGGCUGUACCAUACAUAUAUUUAAUCAGCCAACUUUAAAUACUGUAUAUGGAAGAGCUUGCAGUUUUUAAUUCUGAGCUAUGAUAAAUCUGAUGGAGGAACAAAUUUAAGAGUUGGUCCGUUCUGUGAUUUGGUGGAAACAUUUAAAUAUCCUAACAAAAUUACAGUUAGAUCAUUGUUAAAUGUGCAUUCUUGUGAACUUCUCUGCGCGUCGAAUUUUAAUUUAUUUAGCCAUUCGGAAUCACAACUCGUAACUUUUUGCUUUAAGUCCAUGUAUGUUUCAGGCUUCUUAACAUCAUGGCAGCUUUCAGCUAAGGAAGGUCUCUGCAACUCGUGACCCACCAGGCUGAAUGCAGCAAUUAGCCAGAGGCUGGGACUUGCCAUGUGCUUCAGAGGCCCCCAUUUCUGUGGUUCUAUGUAAGCAGCAAAAACAGGAGGCUUAUUAGUGAGCUGUGUUUUGUUUGAUGGGAGACAGGUUUAUUUAGGCCUGCUGGAAUGCUUAUAUACCAUUUUCAUGACUGAUCCUUAAUAUUUGGCACUUGUCAAUUUUUCAAAUAGCUAUUUGUUGAGUAUUGCUCCUCCCACCCCAACGUCCUGCUUGCCUGUGUGAGUUUCUGUAAUGUGCUGUGUUGGAGCAAUGUGCCCUAGUUAUACAGGACAUGCCUGCUUUAAAUAUAUACGGUAAUGGUAAUGCCAGACAAAACCUCUAAGCAUUGGCUAUAAAUGACAGGCUCUACCACCCACCCCAUCUCUUAAUUAUGGGUGGGCCAAGUAUUUGCCGACCCAGGGAUGGAUUGUCAGGGUCAAUAAUGAGGGCAAUUUGGCAUAUGAGUCUAAAGAGAUCGGGGAGCAGAAAUAACAGUUUGUGGGUAAGGAGGGUGGAAUUCUGCAUUUUAAGAACAGGGUGGUAGAAAGGGUGUACGGAAGAGCGUCUAAGUGGUAAAUUCUUUUCCAGGGUUGGUGCCGAGUCUACCAUGUUUUCAUACUCGUCUGCAAACCCCACGGGAUGAAUGCAGAGAGCAUGCUAGGCCCAGGGAGUCUGUUCACAGAAGAACUAUCAGGGAAGGGUCCUAAAGUUUACUACCUGAGUAGUUCUCAACAUUGUUUGAUCUAGUUGGCUCACACUUGCACCUUUUCUCAAGUAGCAAUGCCAACAUGUGGAAUCCCCACUUGCCAAGAUUUUUUUUCCGGGGGGGGGGGGCUUAUGGAUGCCCUUUCUUGUGCCCAAGAAAAUGAAGCCUAAGUGUAGAAACAGAAUAUGUUCUCAUUAAAAAGGUGCUAUCGCCAUAAACUGUCGGCGUCCUCGGUGAUUAAAUCCAUCACAUCAUUUCCAGAACU